AUGGUGAUAAGUGCAUGGGGCCAUCAAAGCCAAACAUCCACAGAAAAACUGGGAGAAGGUGAAGUUUGCUCAGCUGUUAUAUUUGAUGGCGGCUCCAGAUACUUCAAAGUGGGGUUUGGUGGAGAACAGGCCCCCCGAUUUGUUUUCCCAUGCAUGGUUGGGCGCUACAAAAGGCAGAGUGUGAUGCCCGGAAUGGACGCAAGGGACACGUUCAUCGGUAACGAAGUCACCGAUAAGCGGGGAAAGCUCACUAUCAACUACCCCAUUGAACAUGGGAUCAUCACGGACUGGGAUGACAUGGAGAAGAUCUGGCAUCACGCCUUUUACAACGUGCUCCACGUGGACCCAGAGGAGCGUCCCCUCCUGGUGACAGAGAACAUCAACACCCCAAAGUCCAACAAAGAGAAGCUAAUAGAGGUUAUGUUUGAAACCUUUAAAGUUCCAGCCCUGUACGUAGCAAUCCAGUCCAUUUUGUCCCUUUUUUCGUCGGGCCGGACCACUGGAUUUGUCGUGAAUUCUGGGGAUCAAGUGACCUACAAUGUUGCCAUCGAUGGUGGCUACAUCUUGUCUGAUGCCAUCAUGAACCUGCAGGUGUCAGGCUGGGACCUCUCCAUGUACCUUACGAAGAUUCUCGUUGACAAAGGCUACUCCCUGAGCACCCUGGCCGAAUGGGAGAUGGCCAGAGCCAUCAAGGAGAAAUUGUGCUACGUGGCUUUGGACUAUGCGGAGGAAAUGCACACUGAAGAAUCCUCCAUAGAGAAGAAAUAUGAGCUCCCUGAUGGCCGAAUCAUUACCGUGGGCAAGGAGAGGUUCCGCUGUCCUGAGGCUUUGUUCCGACCAUCCAUGCUAGGGGUCACAUCUCCAGGUCUUCACAAAAACAUAUACGAGAGCCUUGCAAAAUGUGACUUUGAAAUAAGGAAGAUCUUUUAUGUGAACACUAUCCUUUGUGGAGGUAACAUGCUCUUCCCAGGCCUGGGUGAACGAGUGGCCAAAGAAAUCAAGGCCCAGGCACCCCAGAUGACUAAGAUUAAGGUGAUUGUGCCUGCAGAAUGCCGCUUCUCUUCCUGGUUUGGCGGCUCCCUCCUGACCACUCUGAAUUCUUUUCAACAUAUGUGGAUCUACAAUUAUGAAUAUGAGGACUUUGGUGCUUCCAUCAUCCAUCGCCGAUGCUUCUGA